GCCCAUACCCAUGGCGUCCCGGCCAGAGCAGAAUCAACCAGCAAACAGGGGAAGCUCCACCUUGACAGCCAACGGAUCGGUUGCCCCCCCGGGGACUCCGACUGCAGCGACAGGAACAUCAGCUCGGAUACUAUACCGUCUCGCCUACUAGUCGGGUAGUUUGCGGCCACGAACAAACACAACUGGAAUCCCCAUGGGAGUGUGUCCUAGCGACCGAAGGAACCGGUCUGGGUUGUAGAUGCGUGGUCUGGGAAUGCCCCGGUGCAAUCUGUCCAGCCACCCGGGGGAGAAAAGACAGUGGGAAUGUGAAAAGCCUCCUCACCUGGGACGGUCAUGCGCCGCGAGGAAUCUGUUUCACUGCAUCGCAUUCGCUACAGCCCCACGUCCGACCGUCGUGACCAUCGAUCGCAGUCGACAAGUCUCGACGGGCGUGGUCCCUUGCUCCCUGCUCGGUGGUUCUUCCUCCGAGCCUGUGCAUGCAGCCACGGCGCCAACAAGGAUCUGGAGCAGGCCAUGGGAGGGGAGAGGCUCGCUAUCAGAAUUGAUACCUACAUAUCGUCCCGCGUCUCCCAAGUGGAGCGCCCAUCACAGCCUAUCCGGGGAACAGCAAUCCUGGGCCCCAAACCCCAACUGCGGACCGAACCAAACAAGUCCAACACCUCAGAGCUCACACAUGCCCCCCUCAACGCGGCCACUCGCCGAGACCGCCGGCCAGGUCUAAGACCCGCCCUGGCAAGGGGGAACUGAGCAGGGGGGAAGCGGGGUCAAGCCGUCGUCUCACGCUGUAUCCCCGUCGAUCGC